GGGCCAGAUCGCUCUUCCAGCGCGGGUUGGUCCACCAGGCAGAGCCCCAGCCAGGGCCUGUUAGGUACCCAGGGAGAGCGGAAAUGUAGCCAGGAGACAGCAGCGCGCACAGUCACCUGUCUUUCAGUGUCAGCCUGGUUGCUCCUAGAUGUUCCUAACUUGCUCCAUCUCAGACCAACGACUCCACGGGCCACUGGGCUCCUUCUUACUACACAGGCUCCAGAGGAGCGUGGACGCCACCAGAGGGCUGAACAUUUGGCAGCCAGCAGUCUCCAGGGCGGGGUCGGAGGCGCGCAAGUGGGUAUUUUGGAAAUAUUUGCUGUGUCUCAGGGGAUUGUAGGAAUACGAGGAGUUUUCAGCAACAAAUUUUUAGCGAUGUCAAAAAAAGGAAAACUCCAUGCAAGUGCCAAGUUCACAGAUGACUGCAAGUUCAGGGAGCGUUUUCAAGAAAACAGCUAUAAUACCUAUGCCUCAGCAAUACAUAGAACUGAAAAAACAGGGCGGGAGUGGUAUGUGGCCCUGAAUAAAAGAGGAAAAGCCAAACGAGGGUGCAGCCCCCGAGUUAAACCCCAGCACAUCUCUACCCAUUUUCUCCCAAGAUUCAAGCAGUCAGAGCAGCCAGAACUUUCUUUCACGGUUACUGUUCCUGAAAAGAAAAAGCCACCUAGCCCUAUCAAGCCAAAGGUUCCCCUUUCUGCACCUCGGAAAAAUACCAACACGGUGAAAUACAGACUCAAGUUUCGCUUUGGAUAAUAUUCCUCUUGGCCUUGUGAGAAACCAUUCUUUCCCCUCAGGAGUUUCUAUAGGUGUCUUCAGAGUUCUGAAGAAAAAUUUUUGGACACAGCUUCAGCUAUACUUACCCUGUAUUGAAGUCACGUCAUUUGUUUCAGUGUGACUGAAACAAAAUGUUUUUUGAUAGGAAGGAAACUGGAAUUCUUUGUAGUAAUACAGGGAGCACACUGCUUCAGGUCAGCAAGACAUAAAGCCUUUUGCUUUAUGCUUGAGGGAGAUUUAGAACUUUGUAUUUUCGGAAAGUUAAACAACAUGGACUAUGUAUUUUUCUGACUUUUACAGAUCAACCUGAAAGAACAUACAUGAUACCUUUUUAUUUUUGGUUUCCAAAGAAUAUUUUGAUGCAGAUAAAAUAUUUUGUUAACUUUUGUUUUUUUGUUUGUUUUCUUAAAAGUACCUCUGCAUUGAGCAUAUUUUCUUACUUUUAUUAUUUUAAUUAAUAUGACAUAAGCAAUCAUUUUAUGCUGUUUAUGAAUUAUAAAUGUGUUUAUAUCUCAUUUGUAAUGUGGAAAUCUUUUAAAUUUUUCCUAUUCACUGCACUUUUUUAUUGUUUUUAUUUCUAGCCAUACCUCAGAUAAUAUGUUUAGUUUUACAUUUUAAAAUGUUUAAAUUCUCUUUCACAGCACCAAAGGCUCAGCUUGGAUUUGUGCGUAUGUGUAUGUAAAUUCAUGACUUUAUGUGGAAUCCUACACCCUUGGUGGCUGGGAUAUGAUGGGUUAUAAGCAAGGAGAAAAUAUAAGGACUUUUUAAUAGAAUUAAAUGUGGGAGGUAAGGAAAAGGAUUUAGAGGUAAACGUACACUAAGUUUGCAACAUUGAUUGAGAUCUAAGUCUGUCUUCAUUUCUCUUUUUAUCUCCCCCUUGCCCUCAUUCUUUAACAGCUGGAGGAAUACAUUUUAUUCUGUCCGUGAAGCACACACUAUGAAAUUGGAGUGCUUAAAAAUACUUCUAUGAUUCUCUGCUAUCCCACUGUAUAGAUCCACAGGGAGCAAACACUUAGAAACGAUAGAGAACUGAAGGAGAUGAAUGGUUUAACAGUUAUCCAUGCCAAGUCCCGUUGUCAGAAAUAUUCUUAUUACUCAGGCAAACACUCUUUGAGCUUCCCUUCCUAAAGGUAACCAUUCCAGUGAAUAGAUGUGCACUUUUAUAAGGAAACUUCUGAUGUUUAUUUAAAAAACUGGCCUUUUGAUAGAGGUAGAUUAAUAUGGGAAUUCAAUGUGUUGAAAGUGGCAUUUAAUUUCAACUUAAAUACUGACUGCUGGACAUAAAUCACAGAAAAUUUAACUUAAGAAAAUUUACGAAAUUUAUUAUCAGAUAAUCAUUUUAAUAAAGUUCUGCAAAAUAAAAGUGUUUAAUUACAUUCAGAAAUGUGGCAAAAAAGAUAUAGCUAAUGGUUAAAAGUAUGACUUCUGUAGUAACAGAAGGUUCAUAGAAAUUUCAUGGUUUGUAUUUAAACAUGUUUAAAGUAUACUUAUAAACUAUUUUUUCCUUAAAGCAAACUAUGAUUUAUUUUGGUGCACAAAUACAAAAUGGAAACUUAUCAAAAUUGAGCUAGCUACCAUAUAAGCAGAUUGCUUUAAUUUGAUGGGAAAACAGUACACACAUAUAUAUAACAAAUAAUAUAUCUAAAAACCCAUCCAUCAACUAAAAUAUUAUACGUAUACAUUAGUAUAGUGUUUUAUUAUAAAGCCAAUUAUCUGAUUAAACAUUCUUUCCGCUUAAUGCAUAAUUUUUAAAUAGCAUAAAAUGAAAUGCUACAAAUAAUUGAACUAAUUUAUACUUUAAAGUAUUUCUGGGUUAAAUGGAACAAUGAAAUUUUUUAAACAAAGAUAUGCCCAACUCUCAAUCAAACGGCAUAUCACCGUGUUUACACAGUAUAAAGCUAAAAAUAUUACUCUAGUUUAUUCUAAUCUAUUGUUAAGUAUUGUGCGCUGUAUACCAAGUUCUUAGGGCACAUGAAAAAUUUUAGUUGCCAAACAGAAACUAGUAAACAUACGUUCCUAAUUAGUGAACGGAAAGAUAAUAAUGAUGGUCAACAACAGGCCACGUUAAUGAAUAAGUUGUAUAGGCUAAAUAUUGCUUGCAGGCUACAUUAAACUCAAAUGUAAUAGUUUAUCUUAUACUCCUGGUUUGAUUUGAUUAGCAUAUGAACAUGAAAGUAGGAUAACUACCAAAUAUAUAUUAUGCAAGUCAGGAAUCAUUAAUUUCAAAAUUUAAAGCUAUGCUAAAAUUAAAAAGAAAAUAUUAAAUU